AUGUCUUUCCGAUCUGCUCUCCUCGCGGCUUCUGCCUUCGUUGCGGCUACCAACGCCCAUAUCACCAUUUCCAACCCGGUCCCCUACUCUGCCGAUCAAGUCAAGAUUGACAAGGCCGCCAUCACGGCUGACCAAUUCCCCUGCAAGAGCCAGUAUGGCUUCACGGUCACUCAGAUGAACUCGAUGAAGGUUGGCGAGACCCAGAAGCUUGAGUUCGACGGUAGCGCCGUCCACGGAGGCGGUUCUUGCCAGCUCUCCUACACCACCGACACCACGCCCACCAAGGACUCCGUGUUCAAGGUCAUCAAGAGCAUUGAGGGUGGCUGCCCCGGUGUUGAAGGAACCAAGUCCUUCGAAUACCAACUCCCUGACAGCAUCCCCAACGGCAAGGGUACCUUUGCCUGGUCUUGGUUCGCCAAGAUGUCGGGUGCCCCCGAGUUCUACAUGAACUGCGCUCCCAUCGAUGUCACUGGUGGUGCGAGCGAUGCCUCUGGUCUCGAUGCCCUUCCCGACAUGUUCGUCGCCAACAUCGCCUCCACCACCUGCACCAGCCCGCUUAACCACGCCGUUAAGUUCCCCAACCCGGGUGAGAACCUCGAGGAUGGCGGCACCAACGAUACCGAGGACCCCACCGGCGACUGUGGUGCUAAGGGCUCUACUCCCAGCACUCCUUCUGGCGCCCCUGCUGAGUCUGCCCCCGCUGAGUCUGCCCCUGCCUCUGCUCCUGUCGAGUCUGCACCAGCUACCUCCGCACCCGCUGUCUCCGCCCCGGCUCAGUCUACUCUCGCCACUAUCGCCACCUCUGCUCCCGUUGCUUCUGCGCCCAUUGCCUCCGCACCCGUUGGCACUGCUCCUGGCAUGUCCAGCGGAUAUGCCAUGCCUACCAGCGCUCCCGUUAGCCCGGGAAGCGGCAGCGAGACCGGUGGCUCCACCGGCGGUUCCACCAGUGGCUCAUCUUGCUCCGGCACCGGCAUUGUCUGCAACGGAUCUACUCAGUUCGGUCUCUGCGACGGCGGAAAGGUGGCCGUCUGGCAAGCCGUUGCCCCCGGUACCACCUGCUCCAACGGCAACAUCCAGAAGCGCAGCAUGUGGUACGGCCGCCCUGCUCUCCACGCUCGCCGUGUUUAA